GGACAGUCACAUCUCCAGAGCCAUGCCGAUUUUGGUCUCUUUCUUUCCGGUUGUCAAAAGUGCAGUGCAUCCUUUACCGCAGAACAAUGGCCGACGUUGAUGUUGAUGUUCCCUCCGCUGCCCCCGUGCUCGAUGGCGCCAUGGACAUUAACACUGCCCUCCAGGAGGUCCUGAAGAAGUCCCUGAUCGCCGAUGGACUCGUCCAUGGCAUCCACCAGGCCUGCAAGGCCCUGGACAAGCGUCAGGCUGUCCUGUGCAUCCUGGCCGAGUCCUUCGACGAGCCCAACUACAAGAAGCUGGUCACCGCCCUGUGCAACGAGCACCAGAUCCCCCUGAUCCGCGUGGACUCGCACAAGAAGCUGGGCGAAUGGUCCGGUCUGUGCAAGAUCGACAAGGAGGGCAAGCCCCGCAAGGUGUGCGGCUGCUCCGUGGUGGUGAUCAAGGAUUUCGGUGAGGAGACACCCGCUUUGGACGUGGUUAAGGACCAUCUCAGGCAGAACAGCUAAACAGCUGUACCCUGCUUGCUGAAUGAGAGACUACGUGAAAGUUUUUUUUUAAGCUUUUCGCUAAUUGAAAAUAAAACGUAAUGCACCUGAAUCCAGAUGAAAAAAAUAAAAGAAAGUUGACCUUUUUA